CUGUCAGAGUCGGCAUCCAGGGAGCCCCACCUGCAGGGCUCUUUAAAACCAGCCUGGCUGGGCUCCGGGGCUCAGACGCAGCAGCUCUGCCAGCACCAUGAAGGCCCGGGGGCUCCUCCUAGCCCUGGCACUGCUCGCCCUGGGCACCCAGGGGGCUUCCUUGCCCAGCAAAGGGAACCGAGCCAAGGACGGCUACUGCUACAACGUGCCCCCCUUGGGAGACGUCUUUGACACCCAGGACUGCAGUGCCUGCCAGAAGAACGGGUCCUGCUCCACCUGUGCCAGGGAUGACCACUGCCCAGGGACCCAGAAGUGUUGCCCGGGAGACUGCGGCUAUGUCUGCGAGGAAGCCAUUAUGGAUGUUUGCCAGCUGCCCUCUGUCGGUGGCAUCUGUAAGGCGAUGUUCCCACGCUUCUUCUUCAAUGUUUCCACUCUCAAAUGUGAGGGAUUCAUCUAUGGUGGUUGCGGUGGCAACAAGAACAAUUUUGUGUUUGAAAGUCAGUGUCUCAGAACCUGUCGGUCGACCAAGGGGCGCGCCUAACCGUUGGCAGGAACAGAGAUGGCAAAAAUCACGCGAUUGGAUUCCCGACUCAGCUGCUUUCCUGGACCCCCGACUCUGCCACCGAGAUAGGACAAGGAUGAUGCCUCUGAAUGAUUGGAGCUACCUUGCCUGUCCCCCCCCAUGCC